AUGCAUGGAGGACCGACGCUUUCGGCACAGCCUGAACCGCUCAGGGUGGAAGAGAAGGCGGAUACAAAUUGGAUUUUCGUCACGGCCGCGAGUCGCGUAAAUCCUGCCGCCAAAAUCAGCUGGUUUGAGCACAUGUUAGAAACAGUCAUCUUCCCAGACGCUGAACACGACGAUCGACGUGUCAGUUACACCAGCGACGCCCGCUUCUAA